CUGAGAAAACAUGUCUGGCAUCCACUUUCUAUCCUCGAUAAGGACAAGGUUGCACAACUAGCUGCUGCCCCAAUUUCUGUUAUCUCCUGUCUCUCCCUUGAUUAUCCCUCUUGUGUGAAGAAAGAUAGAUACAACUGAGAUCCUUUCAAAUUUUGAUGAAUGAAAGGCAACCAAUAAUUGAUUGACUUCAGAGAUGUUGAUUUGUUAUCAAUGCAGUGAGUGACAACGAAAAGGUGAGAUAUGGCAGAGAGUGCAGUGAUCUCUGUUAUACAAAUGUUGAUUCCCUUGCUUGGCCAAGAAAUCGAUUUACUGGGAAGUGCAAAACGAGGAGUUGAGGACAUCAAACGUGAACUGGAGAGCAUCAGAUCUUUACUCAAGGAUGCUGAUAAAAGAGCUGCACAAGAAGAAGAAGACGGAGGAGCAGGGAGCAAUGAAUGUGUCAAAACUUGGGUGAAACAAUUGAGGGAAGAAGCUUUCAGGAUUGAGGAUACCAUCGAUGAGUAUAUAAUGAACGUAGCACGUGGCAGAGGUCUCAUUGGUUACAUUCAUAAAGCAAAACACCGUCGUAAAAUUGCUACUGAGAUCCAAGAUAUCAAAUUAUCACUUUCCAAAAUAAAACGUAGGGGAGAAUUCUACAACUUUAGGUACAUUGAUCAAGGUUCAGGCAGUGGAGGGAGAAAUGUUAUCCCUCAUGACUCUAGAGUUAGUUCCUUUUUCAUUGAAGAUGUUGAGGUUGUGGGUAUUGAAUCUACUAUAGAAGAAUUGACUGAUUUAUUAGUGAAUAGAACAUUUAAUAUUCGGUCAGUGAUUGCAGUGGUGGGUGAAGGAGGACUUGGCAAGACCACUCUUGUCGGAAAAAUUUAUAAUGAAAAUGUGGUGAAGAAGCAUUUUGAUUGCCAGGCUUGGAUCACAAUUGGGAGAGAAUACUUGAAGAAAGAUUUACUGAGGACAAUUAUACAAGAACUUUAUCGUUUAGUAGGGUCUACUCUAUUAGAGACACACAAAAUGGAAGAGAGGGAUUUGAUCAUGAUGUUGAGGGAAUACUUAAAGGAUAAGUGUUACAUGAUUGUGUUCGAUGAUGUGUGGAAAAUUGAUUUUUGGAGAGACAUAGAGCAUGCUUUAAUUGAUAACAACAGAAAUAGUAGAGUAAUGCUAACGGCACGAAAUAAAGCAGUGGUUGAAUUCAUACCUCUCUCAAUAGUUCAUGUUCACAUGCUUGAAACCUUGUCUUCUGAGAAAGCAUGGGAACUUUUUUGCAGAAAGUCAUUUGGCUCUAACAAUUGUUGUCCUCCAAACUUGAAGGAGUUAUCUAAACAAAUCAUUGGAAAAUGUGGAGGUUUACCCCUAGCAAUUAUUGCAAUAGCUGGGCUUCUCUCGAGAAGGAGUAAAAUUGCUUCUGAAUGGAGAAAUAUAAUUGAUAAUUUAGGGUCAAAACUAAGCAAUGAUUCCCAUCUUAAAGAUUGCAACAAAGUUUUGUCUGAAGGUUAUUAUGAUCUUCCUUUCCAUCUCAAGUCAUGUCUUUUAUACUUUGGUGUGUUUCCACAAGGCUACGAAAUUGGAUUUGGGAGAUUAAUUCGCCUCUGGAUGGCUGAAGGCUUUGUCCAAUGCAACAACAACCUUCUUUCUGAGCAUGUUGCACAAGAAUACUUAAAAGAGCUUAUUGAUAGAAGCUUGGUUCAAGUUUCAAAGAGAAAAGCUUCUGGACGAGUUGAAAGUUGUAGAGUUCAUGAUUUGAUGUACGAGAUUAUUCGUGGAAAGAUGAAAGAAUGUGAUUUUUGUCAUUUCUUAAAUGAAAGAGACUUGGAUCAUUUUAGUAAAACUCGACGUAUUUCAUUACAUAAAAGCACAAACGGUGUUUUAGAGAGCAUAAAAAACUCAAAGAUUCGUUCCAUUUAUCUUUUCAAUGUAGACAAAUUGCCGAAAUCCUUCAUGAUUACACUUGUUGAAUUCAAGCUUUUAAAGAUACUUGAUUUUGAAAAUGCCCCCAUCGAUUCUCUUCCAGAUGGGGUGGGAAAUCUUUUUCAUUUGCACUAUUUAAGUUUGAAAAAUACAAAUGUGAAAGAACUUCCCAAGUCCGUAGGCAUGCUUCUCAACUUAGAGACUUUGAAUUUGAAGUGGACUCCUAUGCAUGAGUUUUCGGUUGAGAUCAAGAAUCUGAAAAAAUUGCAGAAUCUAAUAUUUCAACGGUUGGACUUUGAAGGUCCUUAUCAAGAUGCAGUGAAAAUACAUGAAGGCUUUGGGGCUUUAACGAAGUUGCGGAGGCUACUUAGAGUGCAUCUAAAUUCUGAAGCACUUAAGGAGCUUAUGAUGAUGACGCAAUUGAGAAAGUUGUGUGUUAGUCUUGCAAAUAGAGAUGCAAAGAAUUUGUUUGGUAUCGUCGAGAAUAUGGAAAAACUUGAACAGUUGAGUGUGAGAUUGUUGACAACUGGAGAAGAGAUUGUUGAUCUAGAAACCGUGGCUUCUCCUCCUCAAUGUGUUGAGCGGUUGGGCUUGGCCAUGUAUAUCAAGAAGGUACCAGUUUGGAUUUGUAAACUUGAAAAUCUAAUCAAAUUAAAGUUGAGAUUGGUUGGAUCAGCCAAUGAUUCCAUGAGGGUACUUCAAACUCUACCUAAUUUAUUAGUUUUUAGUGUCCGGGUAAGAGACUCUGAUGAAGAAUUGCAUGUAAAAGAAGGUUGGUUCCCAAAGCUCCAAUACUUGAGUCUCUUUGACAUCAAAGAAUUGAAAUGGUUGAUGAUUGAGAAAGGUGCAAUGCCUAGUCUUACAGAGCUGUUAAUUGGACCAUGCCCAUUGUUAAAGGAGAUUCCAAUUGGCAUUGAGCAUCUUAGAAACCUAAAGACACUUGUAUUUCAUAUGAUGUUGAAGGAAGUUUAUUGCAUGGUCAAAAAUGACAACUGGAAGAAGCUCACUAAUCACAUUCCCCAAAUACGUGCCACUUGUAAACGAAUAAGGAUUGACCUAUAUAAUUCUUACACAACCAAGUAUCUGUCAUCUCUUUCGGCUGAAGAUUUUGAGAAGCUUCUUGAAGAUAUUAAGUACAAGGAUUACUAAAUCAAUAGGUGGAAAUUUCUUCAAGCUGAGAAUGUAGCAGUGAAUCAUCUUCUCCAUUGAUAACAAAUAUAUGUGUUUGGCUAUUUACAUUUGUGUGAUCAGUGUGUCAUAUCAAUAUCUACUGUUUGAACUGCUUGUGUGAAGCUUACUAUUGGUACUGCCUACAGAUAUUAAUUGCUUCCUAUGCGAUCUUUGUGUUAAAAAUAAGGAAGCAGUGUGUAUUUGAACUGUAUUUCAUCAACUAUUUGAUAAUUUCAUAAAACUUUGUGUGUGAUA